CAGACCACCUCAUAUCCCAUUUUCUCUCAAAUUGUCUCAAGGUCACGCAGCCCCGCGGCCCCACAAUGCCGCACGCCGUGUCGUCGGCCUCACCUGGCCUGCAGGCUCUUAUUCUCUGCGGGCCCGGGUCGUCGCUGCCCACGUACACAGCGAACCCUGACGAACACCCCAAGGCUCUUUUGCCCAUCGCAAACAGGCCUAUGGUCUGGUAUCCCCUCGAGUUUUGCUACAGAGCAGGAAUCACAGACAUCACACUCAUCUGCCCUCCCUCGGCUGAGAAGGCCAUCUCCUCGACUCUGAGCCUGAAUCCUGCCUUGACCAGUCUUCCUUUGCCACGGCCCUCUUUGCUGGCACCAAAGGACCUGGACCACAACUCAGGCACAGCAGAGAUCCUGCGGCUCCCUGAGGUGAGGGCCACCAUCACCGGGGACUUUGUAGUCCUUCCGUGCGACCUGGUCUGCGAGCUGGGCGGCGAUCAACUUCUCCAGGCGUGGAUGGUGAACUGCGAGACUUUGAGGGAUCUGGUCGGGAACAAGUCUGGUCUGAUAUCCGAGGACCAUGGCCCGCAUAGUGGCGGCAUGGGAGUCUGGUAUCAGACCAAGACGGAGACACCUGUCAAAGGAGAAGAAACCGACUUCAUUGCCACGACGCCACUGGCAGCUUCGGCACCGUCCUCCAGAGAGACACUGACAUCAAACAUGUCGAAUCUGGUCUACUCGAUGCCUACUGAUUCACUGAACGACUUGAUGGAGGAAAGAAACGGCUACCCUCUGCGCCAUGGGCUCCUUCGAAGACAUCCCCGGGUUCAAGUGCGAACAACAUACCGAGAUGCGCAUAUCUACAUUUUCCCCCGGUGGGUGCUGGACCUUGUUCGCGACAACGACCGCCUUGACAGCAUCGGAGAAGAUGUGAUUGGCUGGUGGGCCAAGGCAGGUUGGCAGUCGGGGCUCGCGCAGAAGCUAGGAUUCGACAAAAUCUUCGCCCCAAAGGACACGAAAAAGGCAGACACAGACUCACUGCACGAAGACAGCAUUUCGUCCGAACUCACCGGUCCUCAUGGUGUCUCUGGUGGAAGGGCAGACGGCGCUACAAAAUCACCCACGGAACAAGCCUCCCCCACCUACACCGACAACGCCGUGCCUCCGAUCCUUGCCUACUUGCACUCGUCCAAGCCAACGGCGCCAAUUGUCCGAAGGGUCGAUACUGCUCAGCUUUUGCUUAAUGUUUCGCUCCAACUCGCAAAGCUUCCGUCUGUGGAAGAGGCCGAGGCUCGCGGCGAGACGCCGUCACCUUUUGCACAUCCCAAGAAAGUCAUGUACCCGGAGGGCGUCAAAGGUCGAACAACAAUCACGCGUCCGGACAGCCUCGUCGGGGAAAAUGUGAUGGUGGACGAAAAAGUCGCCAUCAAGGAGUCAGUUGUCGGCGCCAACUGUCAGAUCAAGGAAGGGGCCAAGCUCUCCCAGUGCUUGCUGAUGGACGGAGUCGUGAUCGGCAAAGGAUGCAAGCUUACCCGAUGCAUUUUGGGUAAGCGAAGCGAAAUCGGAGACAACUGCACGUUAACGGACUGCGAGGUGCAGGAGAACCUACUUAUCGAGCCCAGGACGGAAGAUAAGAACUCAAAGCUGAUGAGCAGCUCCGGCCUGGAGGCUACAGAAGAGGAGAUACAGGAGGUGUAUCAAGAGUUUGAGGCCGACGAUGCGGCUCCGGGUGGUGACGUAGCUGCGGUUUAAGGGGACAGUCUCAGCCUAAGAAAUGGACGGAGCGGUUGAGAUUGACGACAGGUCCAACCUUGGAUGUAACGGUCCAACAGCCAGCUAUCGGGAGGCCGCUGAUCUAUCUCAACGUGCGCCCGGGAACUGCAUCUCGAUUCUCAAAGCGUCAUGCUGCUGGAUCCAUUUGCCGCAUGCAUUGCACGGCAACGCUUCGAAUUACUCGGCAGGCGGCUCGGGAUGUCAAUGGGGGCCUCGCAUCGCUGGGCCGACAAUAUGGUCACCGGCAUCGACAGGGCUAUGCGGGGUCCCGCGCAGGAAGGCUGCCUGUCAUAUAUGACAGGUCAUUGAAGUCGGAGACAGGUCUUGAAAUUGACCUGAAGGAUCCCCUAUCGAGGUAGAUCGAAGCAGAGCUUAUACGAAAGUGAGGUCGCAAAAAGCUGCAGUAUUUCGAUAUCGCGUGAGAUGCAGCCACUAUUUGGGCGGCCUGCCAGACACUUGUCGUGUAACGUCUUGCAUCGGAGAUCUAGUGCACCAGCCCGCCCGCGGCCAGCCUUGACUUGACGUUAUCAUCCUGGUCAGCUGCCAAACAGGCACAGCAUGUGUGUUCCAUGGGCAUCCAACGCCACAUUCAACGGGGUGUCAUCGGUUGGCGGAGAGUGCCGACCAAGCAGCCCGACAUCUCCUGCAGCUUCCCGUUCCACCGGCCUACCCUCCUCGGUGGCAAAGACUUCCCAGAUGGGGCAUCUGUCAGGCCGUAUUUCGUAAUUAUGUAAGACCUGUUGUUGUAUGUGGCUUGGAUGACCUCUCAAUUCGAGGGGCAUCGGGUCUGGCCAUGGCGGAGCCUGC